AUGGCUAUUGAUGAUCCUGGACCAUAUGGACGAGGAAGAUACAACUGGAAUAUGACCCCUGAGGUUGAACUUGACCAAUGGCGCAAAGGAUCGCGGUGGUUUGAAGUAAACAGGGAACUUGCCAUUGAAAUUGUGAAGGACACGGUCUAUUACCCCAAAUUCAAGGAGUUCUGCAGGCCUAGUUGUUAUUCUGAUGAGCACUAUAUCCAAACAAUGCUCUCGAUUGAAACUUCACAGAGCCUGGCUAACAGGAGUGUUACUUGGGUAGACUGGUCUAGAAUUGCUGCACAUCCAGCAAGGUUUGGCAGAGGUGACAUCACGUAG